GCAAAAGUUGUGGAAUAGUUUAGUGGUUAUAAUUCUCUUGAGUCCGAAGUAGUUUUUUGUAACGCCGUUCGUAUCAGAUGAUUCGCUAACGUUAGCUAGCUGCCAAUGUAAACGAAACUUAAUUAAGAUAGCAUGGCGGCUAAGUUAACGUUAACAACACGCAAUGUAAACUCGCUUAUUUAGAACAGAUAGCCUAUUGCUAGUUAACUAGCUAGCCAACAAUGGUUAUCCCUAUGCCAACUUUGCUUUUCUGGUGGAAAGACCACCUUGUAAUACAAGCUACAAGCUAACGUUAGUUAGCAACGGUAGCUAGCUAGCUAGUUUAAUUCAUGAGAACACGUUCUGGAAGUGGACUUUAGAACCGUCUUCAGAUAACAGUAUGACACGAUGCCAUGGGAUGCCAUGUUCACAUAGCAGAGUAAAUCCCUGUUCAGGAAUGAUGAGAUUUGGAGGAGUCCUGAAGCUGGCUGUGGUGGUUUUCGUCUUUUUCUUUGCUGUGUUCCUUGUCUUCCAGCUCAUGGAAAUAAACAUUGAUUUUAACUUUGGAAAUAUAUUUGCAAAGAAUCCAAACUUUGGCGAUAACCCCACCAGACCCCCUCGGUACAAAUGCGGCCUGUCCAAACCAUGUCCCGAGGGACACUUUGCCUUUAAGAUGGCCAGUGGUGCUGCCAGUGUGGUGGGACCCAAAAUUUGCCUGGAAGACAACAUAUUGAUGAGCGGAGUGAAGAACAAUGUGGGAAGAGGAAUUAACAUUGCCUUGAUCAAUGGAAAAACUGGGGAACUCAUUAAGACCGAUUUCUUUGACAUGUGGGCGGGAGACGUCAACACUCUGAUAAAGUUUCUGAAGACCAUCGAGGACGGGACCGUUGUGAUGAUGGCCACCUUUGAUGACUCGGCCACCAAACUCAAUGCCGAUGCAAAGAAGAUGAUUGCUGACCUGGGCAGCUCCAGCAUCAGCACUCUGGGCUUCAGAGACAACUGGAUCUUUGUGGGUGGAAAAGGGAUCAAAUCCAAGAGUCCAUUUGAGCAGCACAUAAAGAACAACGCCGAAACCAAUAAGUAUGAGGGCUGGCCAGAGGUGCUGGAGAUGGAGGGCUGCAUCCCCGCCAGACAAGAGUGACCUCUGAAAUAACCACCUGUUUCCCCCUCACCCCUUAACCCGUCCACCCUGAACACUGCUUUCUGUUCGUCUGAACGCUGGGAGGGGAUCAGCGUCCUCUCUGUCAGACUCCCAGGAACGGCCAAUCGGUCUCUCCCGUUUCCACACAUAUUUGCUUUUCUGGAAAGAGGUCGGUGGCAGAAGGCUUGUUUUGAACCCUUUCGUUGUUUUCUCCUGCAGAAGGGUGAAGGAAAUAGAAAUUUUUAAAAGAUGGAAGAAGUGGAAAUGAACACUGUGAAAUUAUUGUCAAAAUGUCUGUUAAAUUUGUUAAUGUGACCAAAAAUACUUGUUAAUUUAACUGAAGAGUCUUAUGAUAUAAUCAGAGUUUUACGGAAAUUAGUAGUUGAUUUUUUUUUUUUUUUGUCAAGGGUAUUUGUUACGUUACAGUUGCUGAGUCUGUUGUAAUCUAGAGGUUUUAAGGUGUGUUUGUGAAGAACCUUUCAGUGCCGUUUUAUCUUUUAACAUUGCUCUGUGUGUUUCUGUGUGUAUGAGAGAGAGGAUCUUCCCAUAUGGUUAUGGAAUCACCUGCAUCGAUUAGAGGGGGUGUGUUCUAACUGUUCAAUGGAACCACAGCAGAGAAUAUUGGGAAAUUGGAGCUUGUCUUUUUGCUCAAAGUUCAUAUCGUGACCUUCUGUUGAACCAAGCGGUUUUCAAAUGCAGGAGCCGCCAAAAAUGAGAGUAUGUGACUGAACGCGUUUAAGAUUUAUCUGGUGUGUUCUGCAUUUCAACAAUAUAACAAUGACAACAAAACCUUUAGUAUAGCAGUUACCAGUUACAGUUCUACAAUGGUGCCACUUGUUUCCAAUAUUGAUUAGGGAGCCAUGGAAUGCAGGGUUCAAAUUUCCACUGACAGGAAACUUUCCCCUCUUGCAGAGGCUGAGAUUUAGCCAAAUAGUGCUGAUUUUGUGAGGCAGACCCUCGCGUUGUGUCAGAUAAUUAUUUUAAAUACUUUAAACCCUCACCCAGCAGGAUCACUGAGUUUUAAAGGAAACUAAAAAAAUGUAUUUCAUCGAUAUUUUUCAUGUCUUUUCAUACAAUUUUGUUUGCAUUGAAAGUUUGGUCCCUGGGCAUUCAGCCUAAACAUAGGGGGUCUGCUGCUUUCCUAACAUUUGUUAGUAAUAAUGUGCUUGGGCAUCUUGCUAAGAAACAAGUAAAAAGCACUAGCGCAGUUAGUUGACUGAAUUUCGUCUUUUGAAUCCUACAGUAACGGUCAGUCCAGUCCGUUCCUACCGUCCAGAUUCCUGCGCAGCUUCCAAUCCUGUUUCGCAGCUGGGGUGGAUCUUUGCUUUGGCUGUCUUGUAUGUCAUGGUCCCAGCUGUGGUAGGGAACUGUAGUUUCCGUGGCAUUACUGCUGUAGUUUUUUUUCAGGCCGGUCAUUGCCGAUGGUUGAACAGUUUGGGGAUUGCACGUGUCGCUGUCCUACAGAGAGUGGCUGGACCCUGUUUGUAGGGCAGGGUUGCCCUGCUAGAAUGGGCAGUGCCACUCAAGAAUGGCUAAUAAUGUCAUUGUUGCACUCUAGAAUGGGUAAUGGGUAAACAGUCAAAAAUGGACGAGUGUGAUUUACUGCAUGAUUCUCAUCUGUUUUUGGCUGUUUGCUCUGUGUACCAACUGUGUCUGAAAGGAAGUAAACUGAAGGAGCGGAGAAUCACUUUAUUCAUGACUUAUCCAGCUCUGCAACUGUGUUUAGUUUUCACUCCCCGAAAAGGGAAAUUUUAUGUGGGGUUCAAUGAGGACGAUGCGAGAAGCCGCUCACGCUUGCACUGGGAUCGAGUGUGAGUGUGAGCCCGUUCAAAUCCCCAGAAAGCACUUCACUAUGUGGAACACCCGCACCCGCACUGCCGGUCUCUCAUACCUACCUUUAAACCUACCUUUUCACAAAGCCACGUAGCUAACACUUCCCACUCUGACAGUGUUCCCGCUCUGUAGCGUAGCUGCCUGCUUGUCAGAGCUUCACAGGAAUGUUGUGACUAGGCUGUUUGCUAGUAUUCUACCUCAGCAUGGGGGAAAAAAAAGAAACAUGGUUGUAAUUUCUGUACUUUCAUUUCUGUGGCUUUAUGUUUAUGAAGUGUUAUGCUGUAUACAGCCCUUGUUCUGUAUUGGAAUCACAGGACUGCCAGACACCAUUUAUCCUGUUUGCUGUUCUUAAAAGCCUUAUUUACAACUCAGACUAGUGAAAACGCCACGUUGCCUUUGGAGGACUACACUCCUCCGUGUUUGGACAUGUUUCAGACUAAACUAUAUAUUGUGAACCAGAGUGGUCUUCCACCCAUUUUAGUUUUUUUGUAUUUGAUCCCUAACGGUGAAGAAACUCAUAUUCCCAAUGUUAACAGGAAAAUGUCUUGCCUCUCUGGACUGUGUUUGAAUGGGAUUUUUUAAAAAAAACUCCCACAAUCACCUGCUGCGUGCCAGGUUGCUGUGCUGGCUUUUUGUAACGUGACCAACAGGCCUGCCUCUGUGCAUUGUGGGCCGUGUGUCACGCUCCAGUGCUUUUAGAGCCCGCUGUCACGUCUAUAUUGCUCUGCCACGGAAUUGUGUUGUCUAUCCGUUAGACUGCCAAACUGAAGAAGUGUGGUGUAUUUGCUGGAAUUAAAGUGUUCUGGUUAUUUAUAAAUGUUUUUUUGUGCAUGAGGAAUUGUGUUGGUAAAACUGGUCUUGACAUUUAAAUCAAGCCCCUUGUGUUUUUAUUUUUUAACAUACUUUUUGUAUUGUGUGGGUGGUGAUGGUUUUCAAAUGUUUAUGUUUGUGUGUGGAUGCACUCAUACUUGCUUGUGUGUGCUGGAUGGGAUUUUUUCUUCAGUUUAAAGUAAUGCCCUCCCCUAGACAGAAACUGGAAUAUAAAUGGCAUUUUUGUGUAGAAACAGAACAGCUGUGCAAAAUUCAGUUUUUAAUCAAUAGUAAUGCAUUAGGGGCAGGUCCCUGUUGUCCUUAAAUGCAGUUAAGGUAAUUAAUCAAAAACAAACCUUUAAUGAAGUGUUGAAUUCAGUCUUUUACUGGGCUAACAGUUAAUAUAUAUAUAUUUUUUUGGUUGUUCUAGUCAUCUGUUGUAUCUUAGACUUAUCAUUUCACAUUUGUCUGUUAUAUUGUGGCUACACUGUGAACAGUGGAGCUCUUCAAGCCGUUGUAGAGCUUGUCAGUCUGCCGGACGUUCAAGGAUGAAAUAAAGGAAGUUCUAACCCA